AGCUCCUGUUUGUGUUCAGACGCACAGGGAAAUCCGUUGUUGCCUCGCUAGUUGAGAACAGUAACAAGUGAAACAGAUAAAUACAUUUUGUCUCCGGUAUGGACUUCAAGAAGAGCCGAUAUGGAAGGUUCAUGAAUGGCAGAGUUCCAUCCAGUAGGAGAUACCAGCCUACAGACUACGAACACGCUGCCAACUGUGCCACACAUGGACUCUGGAUCAUCCCCAGCCUGGUGGGCGGGUCUGUACUCUACUUCCUGUCUGUGGACCAAUGGCAGGCUGCUGCUGCCUGGUUGUACGGGGCGGGGCUUAGUGGUCUAUUCAUCUCCUCCACUCUGUUUCACACCGUGGCCUGGAAGAUCAGACACCUCCGUAGAGUGGAGCAGCGUUUCCACAUGUGUGACAGAAUGGCCAUCUACUUCUUCAUCGCUGCUUCCUACACCCCCUGGUUGAUGCUGAGGGAGUUGGGUCCGUGGUCGAGUCACAUGCGAUGGAUUAUCUGGAUCAUGGCAGUUAUCGGCUCCACAUACGUCUUCUACUUCCACGAGAGGUAUAAACUGUUGGAGUUACUAGGAUACGUGGCCAUGGGGGCGGGGCCUGCACUUGUCAUCCUGUCCAUGGCGGACAGGGCAGGUUUGUGUGAGCUGGCGGUGGGUGGGAUUUUCUACGUGGUGGGUGUGGCCUUCUUUAAGAGCGAUGGAGUCGUCCCAUUCGCUCACGCCAUCUGGCACCUGUUCGUUGCCAUGGGAGCAGCUACACACUACUACGCUAUCUGGAGACACCUGUACACACCUGGACACUGAGACACACCUACCGUGGUGCUAGCUAAACAGGGAUCUGGUCCUGUACACACCUAGACACUGAGACACACACCUACCGUGGUGCUAGCUAAACAGGGAUCUGGUCCUGUACACACCUAGACACUGAGACACACACCUACCGUAGUGCUAGCUAAACAGGGAUCUGGUCCUGUACACACCUACCGUGGUGAUAACUAAACAGGGAUCUGGUCUGACUGUUUACAUGAUGACAUCACCACAUCCAACUCAUCCAUCCAUUACAUUUAUUAGUAGAAGUACCACAUGCUGGAAACAGGCUUUGAUUAUAUAAUGCCUGUAUGUUCCACACCAGAAGGAUCUCUGUCCAAUUAGAAACAGGAAUCAGUGAAUUGAAGGAUCUCUGUCCAAUUAGAAACAGGAAUCAGUCAACUACCAGAAGGAUCUCUGUCCAAUUAGAAACAGGAAUCAGUCAACUACCAGAAGGAUCUCUGUCCAAUUAGAGACAGGAAUCAGUCAACUACCAGAAGGAUCUCUGUCCAAUUAGAGACAGGAAUCAGUCAACUACCAGAAGGAUCUCUGUCCAAUUAGAAACAGGAAUCAGUGAAUUGAAGGAUCUCUGUCCAAUUAGAGACAGGAAUCAGUGAA